AUUUUGCUUCCGGUUUGAGUAGAGGAAGUAGCAAGAUGAUUUUCAUCAUUUUCUCCUCUUUGCAUGCGGUUCAAGUAGCGAAAUAGAAGUCAACAUCACGAGCUUAUUAUUUAUUUUACUGGAAAUCAUGAAUUUAAAGACUCUUGAUGGUUCCAUUAAAGUGAAUUUAUACUAAAAUUCAGCCAUUUGGAAAAUGAUUGAAUCAAGAACAUUUUUUGUAUCUACUCAAACUCAAAAUGCUUUCAAGGUCAUGCAUGAGUUACGACUUCGUAACUUAUUGUGUGACGUCAUACUCAGAGUCGAUGGGAAGGAUUUCACUGGUCAUAAAGUAGUGUUGUGUGGGUGCAGUCCCUACCUCUGUGCUAUGUUCACAAAUGGAAUGUUGGAAUCAGAAAAAACACAAGUUGAAAUACAGGGACUGGAGUCCUGGGCAAUGGGGGAGUUAAUUGAAUUCAUGUACACAAGUGUGAUCGAGAUAAAUGUGGACAAUGUACAAGGAAUUCUGCAAGGAGCCAGUUUACUGGGGUUACACCAACUGAGGAAGAUGUGUGCCACAUUUCUACAGUCUCAGCUUACUGCCUCCAACUGCCUUGGAAUCCAUGGACUAGCUGAUAUGUAUAUGUGUGGAGAACUAGAAUCUGCUUCAAGACAUUUCAUCAAUCAGAACUUCUUGGAGGUCAUUCACUGUGAAGAAUUCAUGCAGUUAUCAUGUGACCGUCUUAUUACUCUGCUCAAAAGUGACAACAUUCGGGUGAACAAUGAAAACCAAGUUAUGGAUGCAGUUAACAACUGGAUUCAAUGGGAUCCGGAUAACAGACAUUCUGAAACUUGUCGUCUACUCCAACACGUCAAGUUACCACUGUUAGGUAUUUCUCAUUUAGAAAACGUAGUUGUGCAAUUAGAAUGUGUGAAAAAUUGCCCCAAGUGCCAGUUGCUGAUUAGCAAAGCUAUAACGACCCUGCACGAUGACACGUCCUUACAGCUGAUCCGACCUCGUGCCAUGCCCAUCAGUAUAUAUGUCCUCGGUGGCCGGAAUAGUGCGGACUGUCAGUUACCCAGUACCGAGAGAUACGAUUUCCUUCUAGAUCAGUGGACACAUGUUAGUGAUAUGAACAUAGCUCGUACAGCAGUAGGAGCAUGCAGUAUAGAGGGCAUGCUGUAUGCUGUGGGAGGGGAAUGUGCCUUAGCUGACACUCAGGAGGACACGCUAUACUUACGCUGCGUGGAGUGCUAUGAUCCGGUACUCAGACAGUGGGUUCCUAAACCCGACAUGAAAAUAGCCAGGUCAUUUGUGGCAGUCGCAGCAGUUGGAAAGUACUUGUAUGCAAUUGGUGGAGAGGAUCGUGCCACUAGUUAUAGCAUCAUGGAAAAAUAUGACAUUAAUUCCGAAACCUGGUCAUUUGGUCCGAAUAUGAAGAGAAAACGAGCCGGAGCAGGUGUGUGUGUUUGUGAUGGCAGGAUCUAUGUAGCAGGAGGAUAUGACAAGACUCUUCACAUGGAUCGAGCCAGCGUGGAAUGUUACGACCCCAAUACUGAUGACUGGACGUUUGUAACAGAGAUGGAAAAAGCUAGAUCUGGUCUCUCUGUGGUCGCCAUUGACCACAACAUCUACAUGAUAGGAGGGCGAUACAAAACAGCUGAUCAGUACUUUGAUGUGGCAGAAAGGUAUAACACCAUCACUAACCAGUGGACCACUCUGUGGUCUAUGAACCAGCCAAGAGCCUGGCCAGGAAUUGCAGUGUAUGAUGGGAGAAUUUAUCUGAUUGGAGGAUUUGAUGGCUCCUACAGACUUCGCAGUGCUGAGGUGUAUGACAUUGAUAGAGACAGGUGGUCAUUUAUCAGUAAUAUGCUGGUGGGGAGAGCAGGGUGUGGGGCAGCCAUAGUGUGAGGGAACCCCCCCUCCUCUCCCUCUCUCCGUGAUGAACAGAAGAGGUGCUGAUAACUUCCUAGUCUUGUGGUCUUUUUUUGUGAGGAUCUAUUGUGAUAUUUCUAUAAACACUCCCUGCACAAAUGUUGUGAUAUAUCAUUUGGGCAUUGGUAAAAUCUUUUCUUAUUCCUUCAAGGCUGUGAUGUAAAAUUAGUAGGGAAAAAGUAGGGAAAUUGUGUUGUAAAUUAAGUACACAUGUAGUGUAAUCAGUGCUGUUUAUUGGCAUACAUAUACAAGUAUAUUGUAUUAAGUGCUAGUUGUUUCAGAUUUACUCAAGAUAUAGUGUAUUGUAACUUAAUUGAUUCAGUCUGACAAUUUUUAUCAGUUGCAGGUGCAUUGACAUGAAUAUUCAUGUUAUUCUAAAAAAUUAUCUACGAUAGUCUUCCAAAGACUUUGGACAGAAAUAAUUCUCAUUUUGAAUGUUCCAAUGUCUGCUGUGAUGGACUUUUUUAUUUGACAUUUUUCAAAUGGAGUCUCCUUUUGUUGAUGGAAGUGCAUAAGAUAUAUGUAUAUGCUGCGGAAUUGAUUGCUUUCUUUUGGGAAACAUGGUCUUGCAUUUCAUCUAUUGUGAAUGAUGUUGUGGUAUUAAAAAGUACAUUUUUGAUGAUGUCCUGAAAUGUUUUAUAUAUGCUCUUGGGAACAUGUACAGUAUAUUGUAAAAGAAAAUCAUUUUAUAUGGAGGCUAUUUCUCUCUUGAAGAAAAGUUGUCAAUGUUGACUUUCUAUUAUUAAACAGACUGAAUACAAACAGUUGAAUUAUGUCACUAUUGUGUCAAAGUGAUCUACAGCGGAAUUACAUGUAAAUUAAUCCAUCUUUGAGAUUUCCUUCAAUUUAAUUGUAAUGUGUACAUUUUCAUUUGGUGGAUGAAUUGCCUCAAGGCACACUGUUGUAGUUUUUAAGCUUAUAAUUUUCUCAACAUCAUUGAUCGUUUUGUUUUACUAUGCUAAAUAAAUGAUACUGAAGCUUUCAAUGUUUUUCAUUUAUCUACUAUAAAAGUGAUAAAAUUGGACUUUCUAAGAGUGAUUGUUAUAUCUAUUGGAAAAUAGCUUUUGCAUUUACUGUGUUUACAUGUUCUCUGCAGUGAUUAUCAUCCUAGCUCUGCAAUGCAGCCAUACACAGC